AUGUCAUUGGAGGUCGAACCGAUCGCCUCACCCCCACUCACCGUCUCAAUACCCUCAUCCACAUCCACAUCCACACCAUCAUCGUUGUCCACCGAAGAAGGCCCCUCCUCCUUAUCCUCAUCCUUGGACUCGUCACAAGCCUCCUCACCUACGGGGAUCCAAGACUCGUCGACGUCAACGCCAACGAGCGCAUCGUGUUCUUCUCUGCCUAUACAUCACCUCACCAUUAAAUUCGCGCCGUUGCCUGAGUUGGCGCCUAGGAAGAGGAGGUCGACGGCUCCGCUUGGGAUGGCUGCGCGGACGCAGCUUACGAGGAGGAGGAGGGGGAGUACUACGGCGCCUCAUUCUCACUCGCAUUCGCAUUCGCAUUCACCCACGACAGCGAAGGAGAGUGUGGUUCAUCCGAUGUGGACUGAGGAGGAGAUGGAGGAGCAUAAGCGACGGCAGGUCGAGCAAAGGCGGUUGAGGAGUUUGAAGGUUAGUGGUGAGAAGAAGGGUGUUGUGGAGGAAAGAGGGGAGGGGGAGGAGGGGGUUGAUGAUCCGUUGAUGGUGCUUGGGAGGAUGGUGAAGGUGGCUGGGAAGCAGUUGUGGAGGAAGGUGUCGCAUAGGGAUCGGGAUAGGAAGGAGAAGGGGAAAACGAAGUCUAAUGAGGAUGUGUCGGUGCGCUUGGGUUUGACGACGACGACGACGACGACUAAUUCGUCUAGUGGGGAAGAUAAGACGGAGGAUACUCCGACGAAGGCGAAGGAGGAUGAAGAUUGGGAAGACGCGAAUGACUUUUCGAAUGUUGGACAGACGGAGACGUUUUUGGAGGCGCCGUAUUCGCAUUCGAGCUAA